AUGGGUGCAAAGCCCAGUAAACCGAAAAGAAUUCUUCAAGAUGGUGAUACUGAUAAUAACAGUGAUAAUGAUCCCUUUAUUCAGCGGGGACAAACCUAUAUUGAUAAGAGUCAAGAGCAACAGCAUUUUUUACGGGCAAUCUGGAUUGAAAAUUUUUUAUCGCCUGUUCGGGGAACGCUGUCUGCUGGUGGCGCUAAAGUGCUUGAUGUUUGUUGUGGACCAGGCACAUGGAUGUUUGAUAAUGCAUCCGAUUUUAAGAACGCUAGAUUUAUAGGUAUUGACAUCGUCAACUUACUUCCGAAUGAAAAACCAUUGAAUGUGGAAUUUCAAACAGCUGAUGUACUGCAAAGAUUACCGUUCGACGACGACUACUUUGAUUUCGUCUAUCUACAAUUUGUCACGCUGUGGUUCACGGAACAACAGCUAAUCGAAAAUAUAAUACCAGAAUGUGUGCGAGUUCUAAGGCCGGGCGGGUGGAUCGAAAUAAGUGAUGCCGACGUGCAUUUAUAUAUGCAGGGACAAUUAGGAACAAUGAUAAAUUCUUAUGGCAAGUUUUUUGAAAGAUUUAUCGCUCAACAGCUACAAAAACAUAAUUUCAACCCUUUCCUAGGUUGUCAUUUGGAAUUUUUCUUGCAAAGUACACAAAAAGUACAAAAUAUCCAAAAAAAGGAGCUAGACUUUUCAAUCCCUAGUCUCAAUACGUACGGUAGUGGGAUGGGCGAUACGGCGUUUCGAUUUUAUUCGGAGGUGGGAAUUAAAAGUGCCCUUGAGCGAGGUCUAUUAAAAGAAGAAGACACAGAGAACUUUUUUAUAAAUUCUAUGCGUGAGGCAGUUGAGAGACAGGCAUAUUUCAAAUUUUAUAGAAUUUUUGCUGAAAAAAUUUAA